GGUGUACACUGACUGUCGUGUGGGAGGCCAAUACGAGGCCGAGGGAGUCAUCUAUGAGGCUGCGGUGAUACUAGCGAUCAUAGUAAAAGCAGCAACAGCGACGGUAUCGGUAGCAGAAAUAACAACACUGACGCCAACGACACUACGGCCGGGGAUGACCACCACACAGACAUCAGUACCAACAUUACGGCCGGAGAUGACCACACCAGCGAAGCUACCGGCCGCACACCCAAUAUUACCAAUGACGGCACCCGUACCAUCGGCGACAGUUGCGCCAACGCCAGGGCCAGGGAUGACCACCACAACGGCAACAGCCGCUGGACCAGUGGCAGCUCGAGCAGCACCGACGGCAACAACAACAGCUCCAGGCCCGGAGCCAAUCGAAAAUGUGCCAGUAAUGUGA